CUGAAGGAUCCCAAGAUGGCUGGGCGAAAACUCGCUCUAAAAACCAUUGACUGGGUGGCUUUUGGGGAGAUAAUACCCCGAAACCAAAAAACUAUUGCUAACUCCCUGAAAUCCUGGAAUGAGAUCCUCACUUCCAGGUUGGCUACUCUGCCUGAGGCACCGCCAGCUAUCGACUGGGCUUACUACAAGGCCAAUGUGGCCAAGGCUGGCUUAGUGGAUGACUUUGAAAAGAAGUUUAAUGCCCUGAAGAUUCCUGUGCCAGAGGAUAAAUUUACUGCCCUAGUGGAUGCUGAAGAAAAAGACGACGUGAAGAGUUGUGCUGAGUUUUUGUCUCUCUCGAAGACCAGGAUUGAGGAGUAUGAGAGACAGCUGGAGAAGUUGAGGAACAUCAUUCCGUUUGAUCAGAUGACCAUCGAUGACCUGAAUGAAGCCUUCCCUGAAACCAAAUUAGACAACACCAAGUAUCCCUACUGGCCACAUCAGCCAAUUGAAAGUUUAUAAAAUGGAGUCUGAGAGGAAGCUCUGGCCCUUGUAUGACAAACUCUGAACAUUAAAAACAAGAAUAAUUAU